AUGCUCCCCAAUCUUGACCUCAGUUGGGCCGUGCUUUUGUUCACCCUACAUGGCCUUUCCUCUACAGUCUUGGCUUCUCCGAACAACGUCCUCGAAGACAGAGCCGUUUACAGUUGUACCGUUGAGGCCAACAAUGACGGCUCCGAUGAUUCCCCAGCCAUCCUCGCAGCCUUCAAGGAAUGCCGUAAGAAUCGCCGGAUUGUCUUCUCCAACACGACGUACAAUAUUGAAAAGAUGAUGACCACGACUGAUCUGGAGAAUACCCAGAUCGAGAUCCAUGGUACCUUGGUGUGGAGCAAAGACACCGACUACUGGCUCAGCAACCCGCAGCCGACCGGUUUCCAAAACGGCUCUGCGGCGUGGUUCCUGGGCGGGAAGAACGUCACAGUUGACGGCUUUGGAUAUGGAACCUUGGACGGUAACGGACAGACCUGGUACAACCUAGUCAAAGGCCAGUCCAACUACCCUGACCGCCCUCAUGCCCUAGCAAUCUGGAAAGCGUCAGGCAUGACAGUGAGAAACGUACGCAUGGUCCAGAGUCAGAUGUGGACCAUGGCAAUAAUGCACUCGCAUAACGUGCUAUUCGACGGCGUAUACAUCAACAGCACUACCAACAACGGGUACCCUGCCAGGAACACGGACGGCGCAGACACCAUCGACUCGGACCGCAUCACGUUCCGCAAUAUGUACAUCCGAAAUGGCGACGAUGCGAUUGCCAUUAAAGGCAACUCUACCAACAUCCUCAUUGAAGACUCCACCAUGGAUCACUCUCUGGGUAUAGCCUUUGGCAGUCUUGGCCAGUAUAAGAACGAGUUCGAGCGCGUUGAAAACGUGACUGUGAGGCGUAUCAAGGGCUUGGGGACUCGGUAUGGCGCAUAUGUGAAGACGUGGACUGGAGAUCAGGUUUCCUACCCCCCUAAUGGAGGUGGAGGCGGUGUUGGAUACCUCAAGAAUACGACCCUCUAUGACUUUGACCUCACUGCGACACGAGAGGCACCUUUUCUCAUUGGUCAAUGUACUAGCUUCAGUGGCCAACAGGGAGACUGCGAAAGCAGUACUUUCAAGAUCUCAGACAUGACGAUCCGCAACUGGGUCGGCGAUGGCGCAUCUACUUACGUUGCGGAUAUGAACUGCAGCCAAGGCUCGGGCGGCUGUGAAGACAUUACUAUUGAGGACGUUGACUUGAAGAACACUACAACCGGGACUGAUGUUACCAAGUACCGGUGCCGAGAUGUUGUCUCCGUACAUGGCUUUGAAUGUAGCUGA